AUGAAACACUUCUUGGAUGAUUCCAUCUAUCCAUUACCUGAUCCGAUGGUUGAUCAAUUUUGUUUACAAAUUUUACCUGAAAUUCAUCAUAAAAUCAAAUGGCUUAAUCUUGAAUUAUUAUCUAUGGAACGUAUUUUACUUGCUACAAAUUAUCCUAAUUUAUAUGGACUUGGUUUAUACGAUUUACAAAUAGAAAAAGUUAAAUAUUUUGUUACUGAAUUAUAUGUCUGUUUGCAUAGUUUUAGUGAUUGUCUUUAUUUACUUGAUGAUCGUUUCAAUCAGCUUCAUACACUUUAUGUUAAUAUUUCUCUCAUUUGCUCUUCGGAUCUCACAAUCAAUAAUAAGGAAAAAUUGUUUAAUUUAAAAUAUUUUUCGCUGUAUUGUAAUAAGGAAACAUAUGUUUAUGAUGAAUCUAUUACACAACUUUUACAUCGAAUGUCGAAUUUAGAAAAAUUUGAUUUGUGUCUUAUUGUUUGUGAAAGAAACACACUUGUUGAUGGUAAUGAUUUGAAGAUAAAUAUUAUCAAUCAUAUGCCACGAUUAAAUGAAUUUACAUUUAAUAUUCGCUUAUUCAUUCUUUAUCAAAACCAAAUUGAUCAACCAUCAAAUGAAGAUAUGCAACAUACAUUCAAAGAUUAUACAGAUAAUGAAAUUAUAUCUUGUAUUGAUUAUUUUGAAGAAAGUAAAUAUAGCCAAUGUCACAUUUAUUCAUAUUCAUAUAAAUUAAAAUAUUAUGAUAAUAUAACAAAUAAUUUUCCAGGUGGAUUAUUUAAAAAUAUUCGUGAAAUAUCAUUAUUUGAUGAACAUUCUCUUGAAUAUGAGUUUUUUCUUCAAAUAGCUCAAUAA